GUAGGCGGAAGUAAAGUCACAAAGAGGAAGUGUCAGAGAUGUUCCGCCAUAAAGAUGUCGUAACCAAAUAUUGACUGAAAACCUAUUAGCAGCGAGUUAUAAACGCGUCUCGCUACCCAAAUAUUUCCUCAAUAGUACAAAAAAAAAUUUAAAUGACAUUUAAUGUGUUGUUGUCGAUAUUUCACCCAUAACACGCAGAAAUAAUGAUAGUGACGUCACAAAAAGCAGCUAUACGAUUGGUCCAGAGAGUCGACAUUGAAUUUGGGUUGAAGUAUGAUAUCUCUCUUUUAAAAGUAAGCGGGAGUUAGCGCUUAGCAACCGGGUCCGGAAGCUAACAGUGUAACCGUUUCAACUAUACAUAAAAACGCUAUACUUUUCAACAGUCAACACUAAUUUGCUUUGGGAAUAAAGAUGACAUUAUAAUACAACACAGUAAGUCAGGCUUAAUCUUAAUAAACUUUUUGGUGUCGCCAAGUUCCUCCCUGCAAUGGAGCUUCUCCCAGCACUUGACGCCCAAAAGAGGCCAAAGGAAGGAAUAUGGUAUUCCCUAAUACCUGGCGGAGGUUCCCCGGGGGUUAGCGUGGGACACACCUGCACCUUCUGUCCCUGCGAGGAUGGAAGUAAUGGAAAGGUCCUCAUUGUUGGGGGAGCCAAUCCUUGUGGAAGCUUCUCGCGAACACACGCCAUAAAUAUGGAUUAUCUCGAGUGGGACAUUUUGGAGUGGAAGGGUCUGGCGCCUCGAUAUGAACAUUGCGCUUUUGUGCCACAGAGCCACCCACAGAGCUUGUGGGUGUUUGGGGGAGCCGAACAGACUGGCAAUCGCAACUGCAUGCAGAAAAUACAAGUAGCAGAGAGCAAAGCCCACUGGGAAGACAUUGCAACGAAAGGCGAACCGCCCAGUCCAAGAACGUACCACACCAAUUCCGCCUGCUUGGGUAAUGCGUUAUAUGUGUUUGCCGGUGGGGAAGCAGGAGCGUCGCCCGUCUCGGACAACAAACUCCACGUCUUCGAUACCGUGUCUUCCACUUGGACUCAACCAGAGACGUACGGCGCACAGCCGGCAGCCAGGCAUGGACACGUUACCGUUGCGGCUGGCUCCAAAAUCUACAUACACGGAGGCAUGGCGGGGGACGAGUUGUACGAUGAUAUGUACUCUCUUGAUACAGGUAACAUGACAUGGGAGAUGGUGCAGCCUAAAGGAGACAUCCCACCGGCUGUAGCAGCCCACUCAGCCAUGGCACUGGGUAACAAAAUUCACAUCUUUGGUGGAAUGACAGCAGUUGGAGCCAGCAAUGCUAUGUACAGAUUCAACACAGAACAAAACUCAUGGACUCUGAUGAAGUUUGAGGGAUAUUUGCCAUCUGCCCGCCUAGACCACUGCAUGUGUUUACUGCCAUGGAAGGUGGAUACUGGUGGCAGUGGGGAGCAAACAGCAUAUGCUCCAGCAAUAGCUCCAUUCUCAGCUCUUACCCCAGCUAAACUUCCAGCUCAAGUAAAACUUCCAGCCUCAGAAACCGCCUCAAUUCCUCCGUUUCCAUCAAACACUUCAGAAACCGCUCCAGUUCCAACACAACUUCCAGCCUCAGAAACAGCUAUAGCUCCAACCGCAGAAACAACCCCAACCCCGGAAAAAGCUCCAGCCUCAGAUCCACCCCAAGAAAAAGCUUCAAUUCCAAACCCAGCAGAAGGUCCGCUUCAAAGCCCAGCCUCGACUCAACCCUCGCCAAUGCCUCCGUUUCCGUCAAACGCUUCAGCGGGGACAGUAAAUUCAGAAACCGCUCUGACUCCUGCAAACGCUCCAGCCUCAUCUCAAACCUCACAGUUUGUUGCUGUUCCGUCAGCAACUCCAGCGGGGAUAGUAAAUUUGGCUUUUGUAUUCGGUGGAAUGGACACACAGGGCAUCAUACACAAUGACUGUGUUGUAACCGUUGUUACAUGAUGGACUAAGACAUUUACAGAACAACUGCACUUUUUGGGGAAUUUUGUCCAUCAUUCUCAAUCUGUAUGUAAGACAAGAACACAUGUUUUUUUUUUUCAUGCGUUCUAACUCGUAAAUAAACGCUAGCAAGAGUCAGCUAACGAUGGCGCCAAUGGGAUUUGUUCUAUUCUGCUAUAAAGCGCUCCAAAAACAUAAUUAAUCGUUUUAUAUACACUACCGUUCAAAAGUUUGGGGUCACCCAAACAAUUUUGUGGAAUAGCCUUCAUUUCUAAGAACAAGAAUAGACUGUCGAGUUUCAGAUGAAAGUUCUCUUUUUCUGGCCAUUUUGAGCGUUUAAUUGACCCCACAAAUGUGAUGCUCCAGAAACUCAAUCUGCUCAAAGGAAGGUCAGUUUUGUAGCUUCUGUAACGAGCUCUACUGUUUUCAGAUGUGUGAACAUGAUUGAACAAGGGUUUUCUAAUCAUCAAUUAGCCUUCUGAGCCAAUGAGCAAACACAUUGUACCAUUAGAACACUGGAGUGAUAGUUGCUGGAAAUGGGCCUCUAUACAUCUAUGUAGAUAUUGCACCAAAAAACAGACAUUUGCAGCUAGAAUAGUCAUUUACCACAUUAGCAAUGUAUAGAGUGUAUUUCUUUAAAGUUAAGACUAGUUUAAAGUUAUCUUCAUUGAAAAGUACAGUGCUUUUCCUUCAAAAAUAAGGACAUUUCAAUGUGACCCCAAACUUUUGAACGGUAGUGUACGUGCUGUAUGUAUGUAAUGUAACAGCACAUUCAUAACAUGUAAUAUUUGCAUAUACACACUAAGUACAUAUGUAAUGUAACAGCACAUUCAUAAUAACUAGAGAUGUCCGAUAUUAUCGGCCGAUAAAUGCUUUAAAAUGUAAUAUCGGAAAUUAUCGGUAUCGGUUUCAAAAAGUAAAAUGUAUGACUUUUUAAAACGCCGCUGUACGGAGUGGUACACGGACGUAAGGAGAAGUACAGAGCGCCAAUAAACCUUAAAGGCACUGCCUUUGCGUGCCGGCCCAGUCACAUAAUACAUACUUGCCAACCCUCCCGGAUUUUCCGGGAGACUCCCGGAAUUCAGCGCCUCUCCCGAAAACCUCCCGGAAGAAAUUUUCUCCCGAAAAUCUCCUGGAAUUCAGCCGGAGCUGGAGGCCACGCCCCCUCCAGCGGACCUGAGUGGGGACAGCGGCGACAGUCUGUUUUCACGUCCGCUUUCCCGCGAUAUAAACAGCGUGCCUGCCCAAUCACAUUAUAACUCUAGAAUGAUCGAGGGCGAGUUCUUGGUUUCUUAUGCGGGUUUAUUGUUAGGCAGUUUCAUUAACGUCCUCCCAGCGCGGUAACAACACACAACAACAGCAGUCACGUUUUCGUCUACCGUAAAGCAGUUCGUCUGCCGUAAACAGCAAUGUUGUGACACUCUUAAACAGGACAAUACUGCCAUCUACUGGAUAGCCUCCGGGACACAGAA